AUGUUGAUGUGUCUUUUGCGUGUGUGGGAUGACAUGAACAAUUAUUUUGUCGGCACGCAUGAGCUCAGAGAGGAGAGAGAGAAGCAGACGUUCAAGCAGAGCAUGCAUGUACUUCGUAACAUUCGUGUGCCGAUCAUGAUCUCAAAGAGUGCACUUCGUGCGAUGGUGAUGAGCAGCAUGAUUUCAGUCGGAAGCGCCUUGAGCUUUGGCAGCGGCAUGGAUGCGUUCACAACAGUGUAUGCUCUUAUGUUCAUCGAGUUUCCACUGAUGACUUUGCUAUUGUACAUCUUCACGGUGGCCGUGAUUGGAACCAUCAUGUGUAUGCGCACCCAGCCUACGGUUGUGAUCAAGAGCUUUGACAAACCACUCCGCGAUGAAAAGAUGAAAGAUCCAGUCGAUGUUACAAGCCGUUCCAGCUCUAAGAGUUCUUCUGGCUCGGUUACGGGCGAGGAAGUGAUGAUCAAGCAAAGGCGUAAGCGAUCCACUACAAAGACCGAGCACCCAGUUUGGAUUGCAAGCGAGUUUGGAAAGAAGUACCACAUGAUUGGGUGCGGCACGUUGAACCAAUCCCUUGAGGUGACUGAGCUUGAAGAGUCAGAUGCAAUCGCCAAGGGCAUGAAGCCAUGCAGCUCAAGAAUCUCCUUCGGGAGCACUUUCAAACAAGAGCAUGCGCUCUACAACCUCCGGCGGAAGUCCCUGGAUGACUCAGCUCGAAGGGAGCAGGGCCUGGCGGCCCAGCUCCGAGCUCACCGUGUAGUCCAGGAGCAGACCGCUGACGGUCGCAUUGUGCCUUUGGCAAUCCUGGAGGCCGCGCCCCAGGCGCGAGGUGGAGAAGCUCAGGUAGCACUCCAUCCGGACUCCGACUUUUUGGGUCCGUCGUUGCAACUGAUCAACGACGCUUCGUGUGUCGAGAUCUUGUUCACCGCGUUCACCUAUAACGAUCCGGAGCUUACCACUGCUGCGACCGCAGCCAAGCUGCGAGGAGCCGAUGUUCGAUUGCUUAUCGAUUUGCAAAAGGCUCAUGCUUGCAAGGAACCGGGAAAGAUUUUGCAGCAGCUCCUGGAUUCGCAGGUCGAAGUUCGCACCACGUGCGGAAAAUCCCUCUCGGAAGUUUAUGGGGGUAGCUUUAGAGGUUGUAAGGGAGCCCUCCAUGCGAAGACCGCUCUCAUCCGAAGCCGUGCUUCGGGAGGCGGGGAUGAUGGAGUGAUUUUGUUCAUAGGUUCCCACAACCUCACGAAGGCCUCCCGUGCCAAUCGCGAGUUCGUGACCGAGUUACGACUGCCCGCGAGCGACACUCGCGUUGCUACGUACCGUGCGUGGUACGAGAGCAUGUGGAGCGCAUCCGAGGGGAUCCAAGUGGAGACUGGCGCCGCGCCACGCCGCCGCGUGCGAGGCAAGAACGCCCCGCCAAACGCUGCUGCUGAGUGA